CUCAAUACGUCAUUCAUUUCAAGUGACGACUUCACGUUUGCAUUGCAUAGAAGCCUUUUCGUCGGUUAUUAAUGAUGUGCGAUUCACCUUCCUCCACCGAGCGGCAGCAGGGUGACAAAGACAUGCUGGAGCUCAACAAGAAUUCGGAGAGAAUGAUUGAAGACGUUGAGAACAUAUCAGUGCAGUUAACCUGGAUGGCCUAUGACAUGGUGGUCCAGCGGACCAGCCCAGAACAAGGGGAUAUGAUGCUGAGGCUCCAAGACGCUUAUAAGAGAUGCAAAGCUUUUAUCUGUAGGGAAGAAGAUGACUCAGAGUUGAACAAGGAGCCCCAAGAAGACAAGUGAACCCAUCUGAAACCACAUUGCCCUUAAAGGGAUGAUCCGAUGGUUAUAUUUUGUUUGGGAUUUCAGAAGGGACAAUAGUUUGGGCUAAAUAAAGAUAUUCACUGUUACACUGUGUUAUGUUGUUGACCAGUAGUGUUCUAUGUUAAUCUUAACCAGUAAUGUUUUCCAGUCAUGGUGACCAAUGUUCUUCAUUUCAAAUAUCUUACUUGGUGGUGCAUGUUGUGUUGCCAAGCCCGAAGGUCGACCGUGUUGAUAGCAUAAACAGCAGUUUACGGCUGCUGCUGCACUUACAUGAGAUAUAUGUUUUUGUGAAAUGAAUAAUAACAAUAAAAAAAAUGUACUCCUAUG